AUGGCUAUCAGCUUCUUGGUCCCUGGUCCUUCUGUUCCUGUUAGACAACAUACCUCAGAAAUUGCCAAACAACCCAAUAGUUCUAGUAGGAGAUUACAACCAGUAUCAGCAGAUAUGAAAAUGGGAGCUUUGUGUAGCAUGUAUAUUAGAAAUUGCCUCGCAAACCAGGGCCUUUUAGAGAAAGCUAUCAGGUUAUACAAAGCAACAUAUGAUAAAGGAUUUACAAAGACUGUAUCAUUGAACAUUAAAAAAUGCCAAAUAGAAGCUAGUAGAGCAUAUAACACUAUUGCUGGAUACAGAUUGGUGAUAAGUGAGGUUUAUGACUGGAUGAACAACACACCUAUAGGCUCACACCCUAUCAUUGUUAAAGUGAUGAGAGGAGUGUACAAUAAAAACUUACCUCUACCAACUGAUGAUGAAAUAGUCAAUUUAGUUCCAGCUUUUGACAAAGUGCAAUUCUUUGGAAACAACAAUGCCAUAGACAUUUUAUCAUUGUUAAGAAAGGUUUCCUUCCUGUUGUCAAUUACCAUAGCAAGUAGAACUUCAAACCUAAUUAGAAUUAAUGCAUCAUUCAUGGUGCUCACAGCUCAUGAGGCUAUGUUUAGCAUUAGAAGCCUGAAGAAACACAAAAUAUCACUUGCCCAUGGGAGUAACAAACUAGCAUUAAAGAAGAUUUAUGUUAGGCACUACUCAGAAUUACCAGAAAUUUCACCACUAGACACUUCAUCAAAACUCCCAGCACCUGACACAGUGGCAAGAUGGAUUAAGGACAUGUUGUAUGAAGCAUCACCUGACUUGAAGGCAAAAGAUGCUAGGUCGCUAGCAGCAUUCUAUGGUCAAAGUUCAGGGACUGACCUUUCAACCAUAUUG